GCUGCACUUUGAAAACAGCCAGCAGAGGACGCUUGGGAUGGAGGCAGCACUUUGGAGGCUGAUGAGGGGAAAAAACGAAUCUUCCAAAGUGGGGAGAGAGCACUACAGCCUAGCUGUGUAGCUGAGGGGCUCUGAAACGUCGCCACCUCCGCCUGGUCUGCUGCUCAAAAUUGCCCAAGGCUUGAUGGUUGGGAUGUAGGCCGAGAGUGAUGCAAAAGGGCAACCGGUUGAACCAAGCCUGAAGACAAAAUGGCCGCUGAGCAAAGGAUGGUGUCCUGUUUGGCUCCCCACCAGUAUGAGGCUGUGGUGGAGAAGGAAGUGAAAAUGGAAGAGCUGGACCCGGCGGAAUCCACACCACCAGAGGGGCCAAAACGAUUCAGAAAGACCCCCCAAGGUGGGACCAUUGGGGAAUGCCUCAGCCGGGCCAUUGCGAAGCCAGCCGAGUGUGAACUGGACGAUGGGUUGUUGUCCCAUUGCUGGGAGGCCCAGUGGCAGGAGUUCCUGAAGACAGUACAGUCUCCAUUUUCCGGGUGGACCAGCUCUCCGCAGCUCCCCAUUCCAUUGGCUCUCUCGGAAACGUCGGCCGGGGUUUGCCAGGGCCCCCUGCAAGAAGCGGCGAGCAGGCUCCCUUCAGGCAUCAGAGAGGGGUCCCCCAGGACCGACCCCUUGGAUGCGCAGCCCAGAGAGAAAGCUGGUUGUGGGGCUGUGAAGGGGGAGACCCCGCAUGAGGGAGAGGCUCCUGGCGCUGAAACGCGGCGCCAAUGUUUCCGCUGGUUCUGCUACCAGGAGGUCGAGGGGCCCCGGGGAGUCUGGGCCCGGCUGCGGGAGCUCUGCUGUGAGUGGCUGAGGCCCGAGCUCAACUCGAAGGAGCGGAUCGUGGAUUUGGUGACCCUGGAGCAGUUCCUGGCCAUCUUGCCAGAGGAGAUCCAGAGCUGGGUGGGCGAAGGCGGGCCAGAGACCUGUGCCCAGGCGGUGGCCCUGGCCGAAGACUUCCUGCUGAGGCAGCAGGAGGCAGAGAGGUGGAAACAGGAGGUUCUGGGAGAAUUUGAGGAGGUGGCGAUGAGUUUCUCUCGAGAAGAGGAUGCUGGAGAGAGGCCCCACCCCAGGGAGAUCAAGCAAGAAGGCCAGGAGGGGACCACGUUGCUGGCAGGUGAUGGCUGGGAGAGCGAGGAAGAAAGGCCCUCAUUUGAGGUGCCGCUGGAAAGAACAAAGCCUCGAGACCCAGAAGAGGGCUUUGGGGAUCAAGACGGAACGAGGGAGGAACAGAGAAUACAAACAGACAACAGUCGGAGUAAUAAAUCCACCCUUUGCCAGAGUGCUGAUUCUGGUGAAACUGUAGCACAGCGAAGAAUUUCCAUGGGGAAGCGGCAGUAUGUGUGCAAUAUUUGUGGGAAAGCUUUUACUCAGAAAUCAAACCUCAACAGGCAUCAGAGAAUCCACACAGGAGGAAAAAAGUAUCAGUGCUUUAAGUGUGGGAAAACCUUUAAUUGGGAGACUAGCUUUACUAGACAUCAGAGAUUCCAUUCGGGUGAAAAGCCUUACCUGUGCUUAGAAUGUGGGAAGAGCUUCAGUCGGAAUGCAAACCUUAUCAUCCAUCAGAGAAUCCACACAGGAGAGAAACCGCACCAGUGCAUAGACUGUGGUCAGAGCUUUAGUCAUAUCUCCAACCUCAUCAGGCACCACAGAGUUCAUACUGGAGAGAAGCCUUAUAAAUGCCUAGAGUGCGGGAAGGGCUUCGCUCAAAAAUCAAACCUUAUCAAACAUCAGAGGGUGCACUCAGAUGACAAACCUCACAGAUGCUCUUCUUAUGGGAAGAGAUUCAAUCAGAGGCCAAACCACAACAGACUCGAAAGGAUUCUGUUUGGAGAAAAUGCAUGCAAAUGCUUCAAGUGUGGGAAGGUCUUUUCCCGGAAAGGGAACCUCCUCAGGCAUCAGAGCAUCCACACAAAAGAUAAGCCGCAUAAGUGUCCGGAAUGUGGGAAACGUUUCAACCAGAGGACAAACCUUAAUGCUCACCAGAGAAUUCACACCGGAGAGAAGCCUUACAAAUGUCCAGACUGUGAAAAAAGCUUUCGGUGGAGAGCACACCUCCUCAUACACAAGAGACUACACACAGGGGAGAAACCGCACAAGUGUGGUGAUUGUGGACAGAGCUUUAGCCAGAGAUCCAACCUUGUGAGACAUCACCGAAUCCACACUGGAGAAAAGCCAUACCGAUGCUCAGACUGUGGGAAGAGCUUUGGUCAGAAAUCGAACCUGAUCAAACAUCAAAAGAUUCACACUGAAGACAAUGCUCUCAAUCCAAAACCAAACCAUAUUCGGCACAAAAGAAUUAUCACAGGAGAAAUCCUGUAUAAGUGUUUCAGAUGUGGGAAAACAUUUUCCCGGAGAGGGAACCUUCUUCGACAUCAGAGCAUCCACAGCAGAGAGAAACCACACAAAUGCUCUGACUGUGGGAAGAGGUUCAAUCAGAGAACGAACCUCAUCAGCCACCAGAGGAUUCACACAGGUGAGAAGCCUUUCAAAUGUUUGGAUUGUGGGAAGAGUUUUCGUCAGAGCCCGCACCUUAUCAAACAUCAGAAAGUCCAUAUAGAAGAGGUGUCAUACAGAAGUUCAGAUUGUCCAGAAAGUGUAGAUCCAGGGUUGAAUCCUAGCAGACAUGAGAGAAUUGAGGUGGGAGAAACCCCGUACGAAUGCCUUAAGUGUGGGAAAAUAUUUAAUUGGCAAUCAAACUUUAUCAGGCAUCAGAAAAUUCAUGCUGGCGAGGAGCCUCACAAAUGCUCUGACUGUGGGGGGAAAUUCAACCAAAGGAAAAACCUCAUUGCCCACCAGAGAAUCCACAUGAGAGACAAGACCUACAAAUGUCCAGACUGUGAACAGAGCUUCACGUGGGAAGCUCACCUUAUCAUCCAUCAAAGAAUCCACACGGGAGAGAAACCCCAUAAAUGCACAGAGUGCGGGCAGAGCUUCAGCCAGAGGUCCAACCUUAUCCGGCACCAGAGAAUCCACACGGGUGAGAAGCCCUACAAAUGUACAGACUGUGGCCAGAGUUUCAGUCGGAGAAUGCACCUUGUUGUACAUCAGAGAACGCACACAGGGGAGAAACCACACAAAUGCCUGGACUGUGGGCAAGGCUUCAGUCAAAGGGCGCACCUUACAGUGCAUCGGAGAAUCCACACAGGGGAGAAGCCCCACAGGUGCGUGGACUGUGGGCAAGGCUUCUGUCAAAGAUCGAAUCUUAUCAGGCAUCAGAAGACCUAUGCCUGCGAGAAGAACAAAUAAGAGAUGCUUCCAUUGUAGCCUGUGCUGUCUUAGCCAGUCAGAGAACCACUGGGGACAGGGCCAAAACCAUUAUAUAGCGCAGGCUGAGAGAGUGACACUUUUACAAAACCUCCAAUAUUGCUAGGCAUCUUGGCAGGAACAGAGACUAGGAGGCCCUGCCUGCACCCAGAAAGUUGGGUGAGGACAUGAGACCUCUCCUCCAGCUCCCCUUCCUUCUUCCAAGCCUUGCAAAGUAGCGACAGCAGCCAGUGGCUUGCGAUGUACCAGCUACACUUGAAGAGAAAAGCAUCUGGAACCCAUUCCGACUUGGGGGAAACACCCGAGGCAAGGACCAGGGAACCCGUGGCCCUCCCAGAUCCUGCCAGACUCCAACUCCCAUCAGCCCCAGCCAGCAUGACCAAAGUUCUCGGGGAAUGAUGGGAGUUGUAGUAUUGAUGUAAAAAUUUUCUGAGACACCGUUAAUGGAAUCUUUCAAUGAGUUGGAGAGGGCGUUUAUAAGUGGUCCAUGUUUCACAAACAUACAGUAAGCUUGGUAGUACAGUAGCUUUGUAAACAAGCAUUUUGGUUUCCCUGCAAAUGUCCCAGUCCUCAAACAUUCUGCACUUCAGUCGGGAGAAAGCCGCACACGCAGAGCUCACACAUCACUUGGGAAGACAGGCGCACUAAUAUCAGUGUACUGGAGGAAGCAAAGAUCACCAGUGUUGAAGCAAUGAUUCUUCAACCUCAACUUCGUUGGACUGUUGUGCGGAUGCCUGAUGAUCGUCUUCCAAAGCAACUACUCUAUUCCAAACUGAAAAAUGGAAAGUGUAAUGCCGGUGGUCAACAAAAGAGGUUUAAAGACUGUCUCAAGGCAAAUCUAAAAAAAUGUAGUGUAAACACUGGCAACUGGGAAACACUGGCCUGCGAGUGCUCCAGUUGGAGAACAACCUUUACCAAAGGUGUCAUGGGCUUUGAAGACACUCAAACUCAGGACGCAAGAGAGAAAUGUGCUAAGAGGAAGGCACGCUUGGCAAAUCCACACCGUGAUCACCUCCCGCCCGGAAACCAAUGUCCCCACUGUGGAAGGACGUGUGGAUCCAGAAUUGGCCUCCACAGUCACUUACGGACUCAUUGUUAAAACCGUGUUUAUGGAAGACAAUCUUACUUGGCUACGAGUGACCACCAAAGACGUAUUGAUGGCAUACGAAGGGCCAAAGGCUCCUUAUUCCUGGCCUAGGCAAGGUAGGGGAUUCUCUGAAUUGGAUUCUUCAUUCCGUUCUCCCCGCUGCCUCCGUCUAUCUAUGUUCUCAUCUUUCAGUUCAGCUUUCUGGUUCUAUUAAACCCCUUGUGAAGCCGAAGAUCUCCGUCUCCUGUUCUCUUUUUGCUUCCUCUUCCUGGAAUUCUGCGUCUCCUCCGGAUCCAGCCCUCUUUCCUUCCAGUGGGACACCCCAGGUACCUAGUGCUAGCUUUCCCAGAUAAGACCCGUCUUUGCCUCCUGUCCCCUCCUUCCUGUUCCUCCCCAACAUGCCCUUCUUUCUCUUAGAAUGUAAGCGUGCGGGCAGGAGACCGACUUCUCUCUUUUGCACCAUUGUACAGCACCUGGCACAUAGAGGCACCUUUACAAAACAGCAACCCCAAGGAUAAAUGCACCGUGCUUAGAAGGCUGGAGAUUGUUCAAUUAUUCAAAUGAAGGGAAUUGAGAGACAUUUGACUGUGCAGGUGAGCUCGCUGCUAAAAGUGACAAAGGUUUAGGGAUGAUAUAUGACACCAUCGUGACACAUGCGUCUUCAUCCAGUGGCAGCCUAGAGCAUGGAGAUAGAGACGGGGGGAACUGUAUGAUGUCUCAGCGAGAGAGCACCUGCUUUGCACGCAGAAGGCCCCGGGUUCAAUUCCUGGCAUCUUCGCUUAGGGCUAUGAGAGACUGAAACCAUGGAAGGCUGCUGCCAGUCAGUGCAGGCCGUACUGCACUAGAUAGACCAAUGUUUUUAGCCUGCAUUUGGCUGAUUCCUACGUUAUCACC